GGUCAGUCCGAGUCGGUCGGUCAGUCCGAGUCGGUCGGUCAGUCCGAGUCGGUCGUGUCAGUCCGAGUCGGUCAGGUCUGUCGGUCAGUCCGAGUCUGUCUUGUCAGUCCGAGUCUGUCGGUCAGUCCGAGUCGGUCGGGUCAGUCCGAGUCGGUCGGUCAGUCCGAGUCGGUCGGUCAGUCCGAGUCGGUCGGUCAGUCCGAGUCGGUCGGUCAGUCCGAGUCUGUCGGUCAGUCCGAGUCCGUCGGUCAGUCCGAGUCUGUCGGUCAGUCCGAGUCUUCGGUCAGUCCGAGUCGGUCGAGUCUGUCAGGUCGGUCAGUCCGAGUCUGUCGUGUCAGUCCGAGUCGGUCGGUCAGUCCGGGUCGGUCAGUCCGGGUCGGUCAGUCCGAGUCUGUCGGUCAGUCCGAGUCUGUCGGUCAGUCCGAGUCUGUCGGUCAGUCCGAGUCGGUCGGUCAGUCCGAGUCGGUCGGUCAGUCCGAGUCGGUCGGUCAGUCCGAGUCGGUCGGUCAGUCCGAGUCGGUCGGUCAGUCCGAGGGUCAGUCCGAGUCGGUCGGUCAGUCCGAGUCGGUCGGUCAGUCCGAG